UUGUUUCAUGUGUCUGGAGGUUUGAUCGUGACCCUGGAUCUACGCUCACUCGGAAGAUUACUAAAAUUCUUUUAAACAAAUUCGAAGGUCCUUUCUACAGUUGGACAUGCGUUCCUCGGGAUAAACAGGAAAGAUACUUCAUUGAGUUUGCGAAAACCCACACUUGGGAUCCUUUGAUAACUGGGACUGUUCAAGCUCACUUCGAGACCAUCUGUCAAAAUCGGCUCAAAGACAUGGUUAGCACCGUGAGAACUACUAGACGCCAACCUAAAUGGAUUGGAACUACUCUAUGGACAACAAUGACAGAAUUCUGGGACACUGAAGAAGCACAACAAAGGAGCAAAACAUAUUCUGAUUGCCGUAUGUCUGACCGUAAUGGCCUCGGUCCUCAUGUCCACCUCUCAGGGCCAAAGUCGUAUCGACAGAUUCAAAACGAAAUGGAAGAGGAAUUGGGAAGAGAAGUACGUAUUGGUGAGGUUUUCAUCAAGGCACAUACAAAGCCUGAUGGGACAUAUGUUGAUCGGAAGGCAGAGAAGAUAGCAGAAACAUAUGAGAAGAAUGUGCAAGAGAGGUUGUCUCAGCUCCAGGAAGAUCCUUCUGCCAUCUCAGAUGGGGAGUCACGGCCCCGAGAGCUAACAACUGAAGAAUAUACAGAAAUCUUUCUUCAGUCCACUGAGAAGGAUUCAAGAGGAAAACCUUUUGGAGUUGGAAGCCUCCAUGACUGCAUUGUCAAUGGCAAGGGGAAGCAAGCAGGAGACACUUUAGCCUUUGUGGCUAUGCAAGAACAAUUGAAGGAAGCUCAACGGAAGAUAGAGGAGCAGGCUGCUAAUAUGUUGAGGCGUGAUGCAGAAAUGUUGAAGCGUGAUGCACAAAUUGCUCAACAAUCCGAAAUUAUUGCUGGGCAGAAGGAGAAGAUUGACGAGUUGGACUUGUCAAAAGAUCUAUUCUCAAGUGUGGUGGAACAAUGA